AUGCUCACUAUCGAGGAAACCCGUGCCCUUGGAGAUGCACACCCCGAAUUCGAGCCCAUCAUCAGGGCUCAUAACCCAAUGCUCAAUGGCUGGGAUAUGAACACUGAUCUCGAUGGCUUCAGAGAGAUUAUGGCACAGCUCAGGCAGUUCCAGCCUAAACCCGACCCCCCAGAGACUCUCUCCUAUCAGAUGCAAGACUUCAAGAUACCUCUUCGAGACGGCUUUGAAGUUGAUGCACGAUCGUACACGCCAAAAGACGAUGUUUCCUCUGAUGGACGCCCUGGGUUGAUCGUGUUCCAUGGUGGCGGCUUUGUCACCGGCGAUCUCGAGACUGAGGCAGGACUAUGUGCUCAGUUCACGAAACUCGGAGGUGUUGCUCUCAACGUAGACUACCGCCAUGCUCCUGAGCAUGUCUUUCCUCAAGCUAUCAACGAUGCGUUUGAUGCAACAGUCUGGGCAUCUCAGAAUGUAGACAAGUUCGGGAUCAACCCGUCCAAGGGCUUCAUCAUUGGAGGUACUAGCUCAGGCGCGGACAUAUCUCUGGUUGUGUCGCACUUGUACCGCGACAAUAAGAACGACCCUCCCCUGACUGGCGUCUACGCACCCAUCACGUCUGGGGUCAGUGAUCAGACAGUUCCUGAAAAAUACAGGGACCACUUCAUCAGCUUUGAUCAGUGCGCCAAGGCUCCCGUGUUUAGCACCGAGUCGAUGAGAUUCGUUCACUCCAAGUACAAGCCCGACAUGAAGAGCCCUCUGGCAUUUCCAGUUGCCUUUCCCAGUCAUGCAGGGCUUCCCAAGACUUACUUCCAGGCUUGUGGGAUGGAUCCCUUGCGAGAUUGUAGCAUUGUUCUUGAGCAGAUCUACAAGGACGAAGGAGUGCCUACCAAGAUUGAUAUCUACCCUGGCCUACCUCAUGCAUUUUGGGCUGUGUUUCCGGAACUCGAGAUCUCGCAAAAGCGUGAGAGUGAUACUGCUGAAGGUCUGAAAUGGCUGCUUGCUGGAUGA